UGGAGUCAAGCCAUGCAGUGUUUGUGCUGUUAUUAGAGACAACCAUUUAAAUCAAUGUUAGUGUUUGUGCCAUCAGUCUGUCUACUGAUAAAACUAAGCUUCAGGUGUCUGUAAUAAUGUCUAAAUUUACAGUCAGAAUAAUCGGUGUCAAUAGGACUGCCAUUGAGCUAACAGUGCUGUUAAUUGUUUGUUUCAUAACAUUAACAACAUUUGCAAAUCUUACACCAGAAAGAAGAUUAAGUUCACGAGUGGUUCGCACAAAAUAUGGGGGUCUCAGGGGGUCUGUCAUCACAUUUCCCAACAAAAGUCUACAAUCAGUAGAAGUGUUUUUAGGCAUUCCCUAUGCAUCGCCACCGACUGGAAAGUUACGGUUUAUGCCUCCGGUCACACCGGCCAUCUGGUCGGGCACUAGAAGUGCUCAUACAAUCGGAUCGGUUUGUCCACAAAAGUUGAUUAAUAUAAACAAUGAAACGGAAGCACUAAAGACUAUGACCAGCGGUCGACUCAAUAUAUUAAAGAGAUUAUUACCAACACUUCAAAACCAAAGCGAGGACUGUCUGUAUCUCAACAUAUAUGCGCCGGCAAACAUUGGCCGUGAAAUGGUUCACCUACCAGUGCUCAUGUUCAUACACGGAGAAUCAUACGAGUGGAACGCCGGUUCCAGUUAUGACGGAUCAGUUUUGGCCAGUUAUGCCAAUGUAGUAGUUGUCACCAUUAAUUAUAGGAUCGGUGUUUUAGGUUUCUUUCCAUCAUUGGAUGGCACAGCCAGAGGUAACUUUGGUUUGAUGGAUCAGGUGGCAGCUCUUCAUUGGAUUCAGGAGAACAUUAGAGAGUUUGGUGGCGAUGAAGCAAACGUGACAGUCAUGGGUCAUGGACACGGAGCCGCGUGUAUCAACUUUUUGAUGUUAUCACCAAUGGCUAGAGGUUUGUUUCAUCGCGCAAUAAUGCAGAGCGGAUCAGCUCUGUCGCCGUGGGCCGUGGCAUCCGAUGCUGUGCUUCAUUCCCGCAAUUUGGCCAAAGCGUUACGCUGUCCCGAUGAACCCGACAAAAACUCAGUGAUGGUUGAUUGUCUUCGUCAGCGAUCAGUAGAAGACAUUAUCGCUGUUGACCUUCGAGUUCCGACUCAUUUGACAGCAUUUGGUCCAGUGAUCGAUGGCAUUGUCAUACCUAAUGAUCCGGCAAUACUAAUGUCUGAUCCGAAUUCGUUUUAUGCAAACUAUGACCUAAUGUUUGGUGUGACCAACAUUGAGGCAUACAAUCAGUUUACAGCUCAAGACGAGCGCAAUGGUAUCGAUCCUCAGAGGAGGGAUAGACUGUUGAGAACACUCGUCAGAAAUCUAUUUUCAUAUCAUUUACAAGAAAUUUUCUUAACGAUUGUCAACGAAUAUACUGAUUGGACGCGACCGGCACUCCAUCCUAUCAGUACUUUUGAUUCAAUUGCCAAUUCAUUUGGUGAUGCCUUAAUUGUAGCACCAAUUAUCAGAGCUGGUCUAAUGCACAGCAAAACCAAGAAAAGCACCUAUUUUUACAACUUUGGAUAUCAGACAGAGGAAGGGGACUUCACUUCUCGUUCCGGUUGUAUCCACGGCCAAGACUUAGCCUAUCUGUUUGGUGCACCUCUUGUCUCAGGAAUGCAAUUCUCUUUCUUUUCCAAUAACUAUUCCAGAGCUGAAGCUUCUCUAUCGGAGAAUGUGAUGACAUAUUGGACUAACUUUGCUAAGAAUGGAGAUCCAAACGGUGUGACCACCGCUGAUGCCAAUGCAAAAGGUAGAGUGCAAUGGCCUCCAUAUGAUGACAUACAACAGCAAUAUUUAACAAUCGCAAUGAAGCCCAAGACAAGGGAUCACUAUCACGCACACAAACUGUCGUAUUGGCUCAAUUUGUUACCACAACUACACACUCCCGGCCCAUCCAAUGCCGAAGCGCACCAUUUAUUAGAGUCUCACGACGAUCCACUCAGUUAUGACGGUGUCGUCCGUUCAAACUCUUUGACGGCUCCGACACUCUUAAGUCAUUACUUCACAACUCACUCGACUGUAGAUAUGAAUGUCGAGACAACUGUUGGUUCGUUUGCCACGACAUCCAAUAGUAGUAUUCAAUUGACUCAUUCACAACAAAAACCUAACAGUGCCGGACCCGUAUUGGCCGAUAAAAAUCAUCAACAAAGUGCCUUAGAUUCAGUAGUAGUCACCAAUAAUUCCAGCAACGCUUCCGUAUCUAUGAUAGUCCAACAAAGUACAUACUCUACAGCCCUAUCCGUCACUAUAGCCAUCGGAUGUUCUCUAUUAAUACUAAAUGUGUUGGUCUUCGCCGGUGUCUUCUAUCAGAGGGAUAAAAAUCGAUUGGAAGCCAAACUGAUUCGUAAAAAUUAUCAGGCACAAAAGAUGGAUGAUAUGAAUAUAUUGAAGAAUACGGGCUCUCAUUCACCACUUAAACAACACUCGUCUUCAAUGGAUAACAAUAUGGGAACAGUAGGAACAGUACAUCUGCACAAUAAUUCAAUACAAAGUGAAUACGUGCCCGGAAUGGGCUCUUCCAGUCAAAAACAUUCACACAAUUCAAUACUAAUGACAACAGAACCGACACAACUUUCAUGUCAUGUGCCGAUUGCCUCAUCAAACCGAUCGACACACGUCUCAAUGGCCAACACUACGUUUCAUAAUAAUUCCGUCGGGACUCUACCCCGAAUGAACCACAAAAUGGCCACAAUUGAUGUCAUUAAUACGGGUAGCAAUACGGCAACACUGGGACACCAACCGAGACAUACAAUGUCGCAUGAGAUGAGAGUUUGACAAUUCAAGACAACUUCAGUUUAAGUGAUAAUAAUCUAAUUAUUCAUUCAAAUGAUUGUCUCAUUUUGUCUCAUAUGUUGUGUGCCUCACAUCUGGUCAACCCUUCAAAAGAGUGUGACUAUUCAUUACAGAUAUAAAGACAUUACUUUACAAUUUGGACACAAAAGUGU